AUGCAAGAAUAUGGUGGGGGCGUGUCGAGUAAGACGGGCGAGUAUCGGGAUGGUGGUCCCGACGGCGGGCGAGACCGGGGCAUGCCCCACCAGGCAGACGGAUACCCUCCCCAACACCAAUAUGCUGUGAUGCAACAAAAAAACUAUGGAUGUUCCAGUAAAGAUUUGUCAGACCAGAAUAUGGCAACCUACUGCCGCGUCGCAACUGGCAUUUACGAAGCCACCGCGUCCAGCCAGCAGUAUCAGAACCCAAGAUAUAACAAUCCAUCGGCCCCGACUUUUAGUUCACCUCCUAAUUCCCCUCUCGUUGGCCUUGUUUUUGAUCCAUCUUCACCCAACUACAGCGGCCCUGGGAUGAUAGGAGACAAAGCUGUCAACGACCGACGAUCCCAGAGCUCCUGGUCUAUCUCCAACCAAGAACCGAUCGGCACUGGUGCGAAGAAGAAAAUAGUGAAAAGCCAAGAUAAACGCAACGCUUACAGUGCAGAUCCUCGAUACCACGAGAGAUACAAGGACAACAGCACUGAAGUAGAUCGCCAACGUAAGGAAAGGAACCUAACUUCAGAGUCCACUUCGAGUCUCGAUUUCUUUGUCGAAGGAGAGAGAAUGGUGUCAGAGCUCUGCAACAUACCCGACUCGCGGGCGGACUCCAAUAAUCAAAAACAAAACCAAAAAUCAACCAACCAAGACGAUGACAAAAAGCCAUGCGUGUCAUCGGAAGUUCUGCUGACUGCUUUGGAUAAAAUUGUCAUACAUGAUCAAAUACCUAAUCAAAUUGUUCAGCUAGCUGUGGAGGCGUGCACUGAUGCUGAAAAUAUAGCAAUAGCCCAUCACAACAGACCUUGCUUUAAGAAUAUUCACUCGAUUUGUGCUAAAACUAGAUCCAACGUUCAGAAACCCGACAGCGCUGUCGCUAACCUGCAUUCUCAAGGGGUACCUUGGGUGAUCAAAAACUUUAUUUUCUCUUUUGUGAGAAUUUUAGAUGGUUGGAAAGGUGUAAAAGAACUACUCAGUGAAAAACAUGACACGUUUUCAAGAAUUGAAAAUAAAUACUACAGUCCCAACAUAAGAGAGUGCUUUGUGCAGUGGCAGGCUGUUACAAAGGAAAUGUUAACACACAUUUAUAAAACCUUUAAGUGUCUUGAUCACGGUUUUACCAUGGAACAAAAGAGUUUUACCCACAACUAUUACGCCACCAACUCGGCAGCACCUAGGAAUCAAAAUCAGAACAAAUUUCAACCAACCAAGCCGCAUGCAAGUACUCCGAGGCCUGUCAACGCUUCACCGCAGCCAUUCAAUGCCGUUCAACCUCCAUGGGUUCAAAACCAAACUCAAGCGGCUUCACAGAGUUUCAAUGAUGGUCCUUGGCCCGCACGAUCAGGUGUCGCUUACAAGAAAUAUCCCGUGGUACCACCGCCAAACUCUCACAAUUUCUAUCCGCUGAACGACCAAGCUGACAUAGAAAGCUACCCGAAAGCACAGUAUAAGUGUGAUCCAUGCAGUGUUCGUGAAGCUAAGCCCCGGCAAUCUUGGACUAUCACAAAUGUACCCGAUUUUCGUGCUCUUGAAGGUAUGUGUCAUGCGGAGCAACGAGAACUCUACGCUCAAUUGAAACACAAAAUGGACGCGGAACUUGGCAAGGCACCAGGUCAGCCACUUUUAGGUAAUAUGCCUUGCGAUUUGUUGCAACGCAGAGAUAUGGAACUUAAAGCCAAGAUGAUUCCUUUGAGCCAUGUGGAAAAGACUUUAAUUCCAAGCAUGGCGGCGGCUGCCGAAAUGAGAGGGUGCUACGUACAGAAAAACAAUAGCUGCGGCGAUACAAAGGAAGAGGCUGAUUUUUUUGCGGCAUGGGGUCAGAUGGUCCAAAAAGAACCUAGCGAUUUUAUAACUCAUCACACUCACAAUAUUCAAAUCCCAUCAAAUGUUGUGACGAUUUCAAACAAUAUCUCUGGCCCCGUACAAUUCAUCGAUCCAGAAAAUGAUGAGUUUCACGAAAUGUCUAAAGUAUAUAUGAAGCCUGGCAGCUACAAGGUGCCUAUAAAGCCGGCAGAUCCAAUUUCACCAUUUGUCCAAGGUAACGCUCAAGAUGUAGUUUACGACGGUUCUAUGGGGGAAGAUAUAGCCCUUAAAAUGAAAGUUCCGUUUCCGCCUGUGACAUUAGCUCCACAGCCAAAAUAUAAUCUAGAAUCGUGGCCUUGUUUGAUGUCCAGACGCACAGACGAUAUCUUUGCAGAUGAUCAAAAGAUGAUGCCAAGACAUGCUAUUCCAUGUCUGGACAUGCGGGCGGCAGACUCACUCGACCUUUUAAGUUCUAUGACAUCAGAUCGUGCUUGGGAAGCAGCCAAACAAUCCGCACCAAAGCUAAUGGAUUUCAUUCAUGAAGGGUCUAAGUCUGACACAGCUCGAUUGUAUGAUGCAUUAGGUCUAAGCGCAACUGAUGAGUUCUCUGAAGAUUUGAAACAAGUUAAAAUCAGCAUGGAACAGAAUGAUGCGUGGUCUACUGGACUGUCCAACCAUUUUAUUUCGAAAGAUUUAACUAGUGUAUGGAAUCAACAAGCGAUCAAAAAUGAUUAUAUUCUUCCUAAGAAUCAAGACCAGUCAAUUUUUACUGAUGAUACUAUUAAACUCCUUGAUUCGGAAGCCAAAUUACUUGAACCUGAUGAUACUUUAGAUGUUCCUGAGUGUAGGAUUGACGAAGAGAAAAAAGAGAAUACUCGUUGUCCUAACUUCGAUCACACCGGUAAUUAUGUGCGAGAUGACAAUCAGAAGAAAUCUGGUGGUAAGCCCAAGAUUGCCGCAUCAGGAAUGUGGUAUCAUCCUAAGAAAAAGAAGCCUUUACCAGCUAACACUGUUAAGAAGUUUGAGGCAAUUAUUUGUAACCUAUCUCAAAUAAAUGAAGCUGCUUUUAUUCAACAUGAUAUGGAUAUUAAAGUGGCUCCCAGAUUCUAUGAAGUCGUGAAAUAUCCAAUGUGUCUUCAUGAUAUAUCGACGAAACUGAAGAACUCUUCUUACAAUGAAUAUGAUCAGGUCGUUCAAGAUUUCAGGCGAAUAUUCAACAAUGUGCGACUGUACCUGAAGAGCUAUCCAGAUCCGGCGAUGAAAAAGAACGUUAAUAAAAUUUCCAAUGAUUUCGAGAAAAUGUUGAAUGAAGAGUUUCAAACCAAGUGGGACUCAAAGUCAAAGUCCCAAGAUGUCGUCGAUUGUCAAGAUAACUCACAUAAAAAGGAUGAAAAGGAUUCAGACACCAACACGACUGAAACCAAGGGCGAGGACAAUAAAAAAAGCGAAACUAAAACGAGUGGAGAUGAUAAAAAGUGA